AUGGGCAUCAAGCAGUUCAACGCAGACGUCAGGGCUGCGAUAGGCAGCGAUUUCCCUUAUGUCUCCAACCUACGGAAAGGAGAUUCCGAUGGAGAAAUAACAUUUACGUAUAACCCAGAGAACGAAGAAGCACCGAUCGAUAUUCAAGCUUUGUCAACAGAACCGGAAGCAUACCCUAGACACCCAGGCUUUCUGAUUUUUACAACAUCAGACGGGCCAGCCGGCCUAGAGGCAUGGCUGCAGGAAAUCGCCAGUUUAACUAAAGGAAAGAGUGUCGCCGACGUCAUCUUCUUGACCUCAAAAGUAUUGGCAACAAAGCUAGGAGCCCCAGCAGAGGAUAUGUCAUCCGAAGAAGAAGAAGAAGAAGAAGAAGAAGAAGAAGAAGAAGAAGAGGGAGGUUAUGAUGAUGACGAUGACGAUGACGAGUCAUUCUAUGAUAUUGAAUUUGAUGAAUUUGACGACGGGAUAGAAACUGAUGUCUUGCGAUCAUCUAAAGGGCCAACAACUCAAGCUACCUCCACACCAACAAGCCGGUUAAAACGUCACCUGCGGGAAGCAAAGAGAGAAGGAUUCCACAUGUGGAUCCCAACGGAGGGAAGACAAGACGAGUCCGGAGGAAGAGAAAAAGAUGAGUCGGGAGGGAGGGGACCUGGAGUCUUUCAUAUCUUCUCUCUCUCCAUCCGGGCCUCAAAGCUCAACGUCUCAGAAGAGGCCUUGGGAGCAUGGGGUCUCAAGUCAUCUGAAUACGUUGUUAUGCUAUUCAAGCUCCCAUCAGGAUACCCCCUUCUCUCUUCAUUUCUACGACUUCCUUCCAACCAGACAACAGUACAGUUCAAGCUUGGAAAAUGCAACAGCCCGAACCCGUCUUACGCUUCUGCGAUACGAGCCUUCGAUCGCGACAACCCAGAAAAGCCAGAGGGAGGAACAGAAAUCAAGGACGACUCCAAGAGCCCUUUUCUUUCUUUAUACAUGUCGUUGACUCUCGAUGCCCUUCUGAACAAAGACUUUCCGCACCUUCUGAGUCUGCGAUUAUCUGAGAGAAUCUCGUGGGAUCAAGCACAAAAGCUGCAUUUCAACCUUAGCAGAGGCACUCACGACCCGUCAGAUGUACUGCAAUCUACCAGCGAGGACCAGAACAAGACCUCGGACCGGUUUGAGCUAGAAUUCCUACUGCAAGACUAUUUGCUGGAAGGCGCAGAAGACAUCAAUGUUAUCCUAGUUGCAAUACAAUUUGGCCUCCAGAGGUUAGUCAAGUGUACGAACUACUGUCUCGUUUGCAAUCGAAGAAUAGAGGGAGGGUUUGAAGGUAUCAAACCUUUUGUCUGCGAGGAUUCGCUUUGCCUGUACCAAUACCUAACCCUCGGGUUUUGCCAAAGUAUCGAGUACGAGAUUAUCAACAAUCCCAACGUCGUGGACCUUCUUAUCAGCUUCUUUUACGCUGCAAUUACCAUUGGCACGCUACGAGAAUUUCCGAAAGGCCUUGGACUCAAGGUUUCACCCCCAGAAUUUAUACUGAAUGCCAAUGGCAUGGAGCCGAUCCCAGCAGAGGUUUGUUUCGAAAGCAACAGCAUCAGGUUUAGCACCCUUGACUAUGCUCAAUACAGAUCGAUCACAGAGGGGAAAUACAUCACUCUCGUUCUCAAAAGCCCCAUUCGACAGGAACCAGAUACACGAGGACCAGGCAUGCGAGAACGUUACACGAAAUAUGUCUGCAUGGUCGAGUCCUGCCUAUUGGCGGUACUUACCUUCAGAAUCAUCUGGAUAUACCCGGCCGACAGCUCUUCAACUAUUCCUUCAACAGGAGAUUGGCAGAAUGUGCUUAUUUACAAACACGAACAAAAUAUUGACGGGCUUGAGGAACAAGAGCGUAACCAGGCACUCACUGUCAUAAGCCAGUGCAUUCCACCUGUACACGAAAUGAGACAGUAUCUAAUAGCAAGGCCUGGAUGCCAAUUGUCGUCAUGGAAGCGAAUGGACACAUCCACCCUUCACCUCCUUAACUGGAUCGUCGCUUCAAACAGAUCUUUCAUUGUUCAAGACGCCCCGAUACCUGGGUUGUCUCAGCCGGAAGAAGAAACACACAAAGCCCAUAACCUUGUUAACGGAAUAGAGCCAGGAUGGGUUCAGUUUCGUUUUGUGCAAGGAUCUCCCGAAAAAGAAGAAGUGUUUUUGAGAGAGUUGAUGGGUACAACGAACAGCGAAAAGCCAUGGCCUACCCUUUUUGCCUGGCAUGGUAGCGCUCUUGGAAAUUGGCACAGCAUCAUACGGACCGGUCUUGACUUCGCCACUGUCUCCAACGGGCGUGCAUACGGUAACGGUGUCUACUUUGCAAAGGAUUUUGGGACAAGCCGCUCAUACUCGCGCGGAGGAACCGUUUGGCCAAAUUCGGCUCUCAAAAUCACCGAUGCUAUCUCCUUGUGUGAGAUAGUCAACAACACGGCUCGCUUCGUAUCAACACAACCCUACUUCGUUGUCAACGAAGUCGAUUGGAUACAAUGUCGCUAUCUUUUUAUUCAGGUUGAUUAUAGUCCGCCAUCGGCGGCGGCGACAACAACGGCGGAUGGUCAGAGUCCCGUACGCGGUGCGGGCUACUAUAUUGAACAGGAUCCUGCUCAUCCACUGGUUUCUGGGAGCCAACACAUUGGAAUUCCCCAAUCAGCCAUUCCGGUGCCCCGACGACGUGUGCUUGGGCAAAAACAGAUAUCGGGGUCGUCACAUGACAUUCCUGUUGUCAUUGAUAAAGAUGAACCUAGCUUUGAGAACAGCGAUUUGGACGACCUUCUUGCCUCGGACGAUGAAGAUGGUGAAGAUGAGAUGUCGGCAACACGAAAGCGACGGCGGGUUUCCACUGACUCGGGAAUUGGAGACAACACCACACCUUUUCAGCUGGGCCAGCUUGAUCUGGAUUCACUCCCUAAGCUAGCUGAGCCUACCUGGGCUGCAUCGUCCCCGGCAGCUCUCCGGGCACUGAACAAUCAGAUCAAGGAACUACAAAGGAUCCAGUCAAACACCAAUAUAGCUACGCUGGGGUGGUAUAUUGACUUUGAAAAGAUCGAUAACCUUUUCCAUUGGAUUGUCGAACUUCAUAGCUUUGAUAUGGAUCUCGCUCUUGCCCAAGAUAUGGUCCGUUACGGAUGCUCGAGUAUCGUGUUGGAGGUCCGGUUUGGAGCUUCCUUUCCGAUAUCUCCCCCAUUUGUUCGCGUGAUUCGUCCAAGAUUCGUGCCCUUUGCUCAGGGAGGUGGAGGUCAUGUCACCAUGGGGGGUUCCAUAUGCUCAGAGCUGCUCACCAACUCUGGGUGGUCCCCAGCUUUAUCACUGGAGAAAGUGUUUCUCGAAGUCCGAAUGAAUUUAUGCGAGAAGGACCCGCCAGCUCGUAUUGAACAUUCCACGGGGGUGCGCAAUGCCCAAAACGGGAAUCACAUGGACUACGGUAUGUUUGAAGCUGUAGAUGCGUACCGCCGCGCCGCUGCUGUCCACGGUUGGCAAAUCCCCUCCGAUCUCGAUAUGUUAAAUUCCAUGUGA